CGCCACCCACCAACAAGCCUGUCAGCCCGUUAUUAGUCCCGCCCCACAAACCCUUCUCAAGAGCCAAAGGCGAAACCGAAGACCCAGACCCCACGGCACACAGUCAUAAUAAACCGCCCGCACUUGCCCCUCCCCCUCUCCGCCGUCGCCGCCUUUCUCGCCUCUACAACUUCGCAAUCGCUCCACGAAGAGCCUGCGUAUCGCAUCAAUAAUACGCACUCGGAACGAUUUUUUUUGGCCGUCCCGCGACCAUACUCAACAUAUUUUUGAAAAGCAGCUCCUUGAGCGCGCACCUUCAAUAUGCCCAAGAACAAGGGAAAAGGCGGCAAGAAUCGUCGUAGGGGAAAGAACGAGAACGACAACGAGAAGCGCGAGCUUACCUUCAAGGAGGAUGGCCAAGAAUACGCGCAGGUCCUGAAAAUGCUCGGAAACGGAAGACUGGAGGCUAUGUGCUUCGAUGGUGUCAAACGCCUAGGUCUGAUCCGCGGCAAGUUGAGGAAAAAGAUCUGGAUCAACAACGGAGAUAUCAUCCUCGUCUCUCUUCGCGAGUACCAAGACGAGAAGGGCGAUGUAAUUCUCAAGUAUUCGGCUGACGAGGCCCGUUCCUUGAAAGCAUAUGGCGAGCUUCCCGACAACGCCAAGAUCAACGAGACAGACACAUUCGGUCCCGGCGAGGACGGCGACUGUGGCUUCGAGUUCGACGAGGACCGUGACAGCGAGGACGAGACUCCUGGCGGCGCUUCGGGGGCCAAGGACAUCGAGAUUGACGACAUCUAAAACGCCUGCUCUUGAUGAAGAUGGGCGUAGCUUACUUGCCGGGCGGGCCACCCUUCUCUUCCCUCCUGCUCUUGCUCAACCACCUCCACUAUCACCCUCGUCUCUGCUUGUUAAGGAUAGCGACUGCUCCAUAUGGAAAAGCGUGUUAGCCGCGGUGCGUGCGCGUUUGCGUAGGAGGGAGCGGAAGAACAAAACUGUCUUCUCUCUCAAAACCCUAGACGGGGGGCAACACCUCGUCCCGGGUUCCCCGACAGUUGGUGGCUUUCGUGUUCGGUGGUGAGGUGGUUUUUUCGGGGUGGAGGA